AUGGCCGAGGACGAGAGCAAGGCUUCCAAGGCGAGCAGGUUCCUGAAGAAGAGCAAAUGGGGAAAGGUACUGAAGGAGCGGGAACCCAGCGAGGAUGACCAACAUGCGGCGCCCCACCAAGGCACCUUUACAUUGAACAACGACGUGGUGGAUUUCCUGAAGCCAAGCACAGAGAAGAGCAAGCCUAGGUUGGACAUAGCGAUUGCCAAGAGAUGGCCAGAGGCACACCAGGUCAGAGCGAUGGGGGAGGAGAGUCCGGUGCCAGAUCGACCGACAUUCACAAAGCCUAAGAGGAGGAAAGGGCUGACAGUGGGCUUUGCGAAGACACAACCCGAGAUCAUUGGCGAAGGCGGUGAUGAGGCCCCAGAUCCUCCUCGUGAAAUUGGUAGGAGGAAGGCGGCAAUGGCGAGAUCAGUGUCAGAUGCGAGACCGGGUCCGCGGUCUCCGCCGUUGACUCAAGGUGGGUUUGGGCAUACUCGAGAACCUUCGCUGCCACAUACCGCAGAGGAGGACUUUGUGCCGCCUCCGGUGCGCCGCGUCAACACGUCCCACAAUGAGCUAUCUGCGCCAAUGUCACGAAAGUUCGCUUCGCCGCCGGCCGAAGAUGUCCUCCCCCAUCGCCCGAGCAUUGGACGAGUACGUACAGGUUUCGACAAUUUGGACAUACAGCAUACAACACCUCUGGAACCUCCAGUUACACCCCAAAUUGCGUUGAGCGAACACUCAGACGACACACAGGCGAGACCGACUCAGCUGCCUCCACGCCAACCCCCUAGCUUGCUGGACACCCGGAACCAUCUUAUUGGCGCAAUGAGUGACGAUGCGACAUCUCCCGUGGUCCAGAAACGACGAGAAAUCAACCGGAAUGAGGGAAUGGCUUUCAGACGUGCGAGCAUGUUAAUCCAUCGGAAUAGCGAGGAAGAUGACGAGGAUGCCGCGAGUAGCAGUCCGAGACAAUCGAAGGCUUCUUCGGCCACUACACAAGACAUGCUGUUAUCGCCAUCGGACUAUGGGCAAUCGCCGCCGGAGAGUACCGUGUCGCCUGAAGCACCAAAUCCAUCUGCAGAUCCUAAAUAUUUGAAACGAAUCUCAGGAGAAGUCACACCCGCUCAGCCGCCACAGUCGCAGCCUCAAGUCCAGUCAUUACGGCAAGACAGAUCACAAAGGGAGUUCAAUCGCACGCAAGCACCGCAGCCACCUCCCCGAUCGCCUCUGCGCGGUGUGCCUCAGAUCGCUCAGCCACGGCCUAGCCACUCUCGAGAAUCAUCGAGGGAGGAGAAUCAUCGACCAAGACAGACACAGCAGAGCAGCGUCGGGCCUGCACAAUAUUCGCCACAGCCAGGAAUGAAUGUUCCUUCCAGCCGCGCAGACGAAGGUUCGAGAUCACCAGGACUUCGCGAUCGGCUUUUCAAUCCAUCGUCCAGCACGCAGCACGCAUCCGCGAUGUUUUCCAAGCCGAACGCAUCUUCAUCCAGUAUCAAUCACUUCUCGCCUAGAAGUUCACAGUCGCGUCCUGGCUCAAGGGAUGGAGAUGCAUCGCAAUCCAAACAAUCCAUUGACGUUGGCGCUCAACGAUCACAAUCACCUCGCUCUAACAAUGGCCCUCCGAGUGGUGGUAGCCCGAGAGCUUCUCUUCUGGGACCAGGAAGGACAGGCCCCUCACCUGGGCCAUCCCCUUUGCAUCGGCCACAUGACUACUUUGCUGCUCCCACGAUCCCUCCAACCUCUAAGUCGCCGGCUGCAGUUCUGCGGCAGGAAGAAAACUCGCGACCAGCUUCAGCUGGCUCAGCACAUUCACUUGGGCGACCUUCAGCUUCAUCGCAAGCCUCUUCAGAAAACAACCUAGCUGCAGAAGCUGCUUUCGCUGAUUUCGCGGCUCGCGUCGCGCACAUGAAAGGUGUCUUUCGUCUGACGGCGGAGAAAGAGUUGUCUGCUGAUCGAUGCACGCCAUCGAUGUGGCUCAGAGGUGCAUUGUGGUGGUAUCAUACAGGCAAGACUGGAUUGGAGGCACUUUUCGCGAGAAAAGAUCCCAACGACCAUCGCGAGCUUCUGACACAACCCCACGUGGACCUUGCCAAAGCAUGGUGGAUCGCGACCGAUCCAUUGGAGAUUUACGAUUCCCCGGAUGCGGACGAGCGUGCGAGUGAGGCCGAAUCGCGCAUUGUCCGACGAGGAUUGGCUGCUUUGAAGAACUCGCUGAAGUCCUUAUCACUCUCGAUAGCGAAGAAUCACCUGCUGCCACCAGAAGCUUCGCUCAUCCAAGGGCAGAACACGAGAAUCUGGGUCGACUAUCCGCGCUUCACGUCGGAUGCAGCUGCAGUACUGGGUGGUAGUGUCAGCAAAUCCGUCAUUAUCGUAGAGCCCAAGCACGCUAUCGAUCCUUACGAGCUUCUGCCUCUUAAUGAUACCAGAGAAUUCUUCUGGUAUGGUCGCUUUCCAGUCGAGGUAUACCUGAAUACCGAAGACUUGGAGACCGAUCGGGUUGUGUUGCCGUGCUUGCUCACAGUGUUGCGAGGGAAACAGGACUAUCAGACCAGUAUCGUUAUUGCUAGCCAGAAUGACCUUGUGAACAUCAAGAUCUUGCCCAGACAGGAUACCAAGCGAGUCCUCACAUGGUCUGAUGUCUCCUGGCAAGCGAGCUCUUUCGGCAUUUCGAUUCACCUGCCAAGGAACUUUGAUCUGAGUGUACGCAUGCAAGAACGCGAUUUUCGUGCACUGUGGAAUCUGUCAGAGUACGCGCGAAAAGUGGAAAAGACACUUCGUCCGGAAGCGGAUGAAAAGAUGGUGCACGAAUCACGGCUUGUGGAAUUGCAGUAUGUGGACUCCUCGAACUCCAGCUCCUUUCCCACGGAGAAGAUCAGAGGUUGCUCAGUCUUUAUCUUCGAACACCUGGCCAAGCAUGUGGAUGGGAGCGGUGCGCGCAGAGUGCAUCGCGGAUUCCGUAUGUUGCUCAUCACCGAGCCUGGGCACAAAACACUCAGCGCAGUCAGUCACGAGAUCUGCAAAGACUCUCCGUUCUUCUUCGAGAUGCUUACCGAUUCAGCUGCUGGCGGCACCACUGCCAUGGUCGUUCGCAUUCGUGAAGCCAAAAGGCAGUGCAGAAUGCUAUUCGUGUUCCCAGAUGCGGGGACGAGGCAAGCGCUCUACGAUGUCAUCAACGGGCUAGCAGUCGGCCCUGACGAAGAUAUCGUGGGAAAGAUGUCACUAGCCAGUCUGAACAUCGAGCCUGCAUCGCAGUCGUUGAGCUUCGCUCAAUCGGCGCAUCCGGCCUUACAGAAUCUGCAAUGGCAGAAGCUGGGCAUCACGAACGGGGUGCCUGACGAUGACAGCGGCCGCCCACCUACGACGGUACAGUCUGAAAGCCUACGUAUUCUGGCCAGACAUGCUACCGGCUGCAUUACCGAUCGUCUGAACCUGGGCAAAGGCGAGCUUCUGCUACGAUUUCCACCUGUUGAUUCUCCAAGCGUGCAGAUUUUGCGUGAACCCCAGGAAGAUAUGACUAUGUCGAUUGACACCAGACACUCACAUCCCACAGUUGCAAACGGUAUCGCAGAGCUGCUGAAGUUAGCACGCGAACAACAGACGAUUAGGACCUUCACGUUCCAGACUCCCGACGACCUUCAUGCCUUCGAAUAUGCCAUCACUGGAUGCACUGUACGCUUUGACGGCAUCGCUGCGACCUUGGACAUCUCGAGACGGCGAAUGGUCGUCCCCAUCUACAAGAAAUGGCAGGCCCAAAAUGUGCGCAUCCAAAUCGUGUCACAAGGACAGAUCGUGCAACUCAUUGCUUUCAUGGAAGAGUUCAGCCACGCGGACGCUUUAUGUUUCCAGAUCAAAUCAACAGAUGUCUUUGAGAAUCACAAGGGUGAUAACAAAGGCAAGAAGUGGACGGUGAAAUUGGUCGAUGCCAAAUUUACCCUGCCAAAUCGCGAGAAAGGCAAGGAGGAGCCGGAGGAGGUGCACCGGAAGAGCCGCUUUGUCAACUUGGAGAACCUUGAGUAUGCGGAGGAGCACGAUGACAUUACCAUUGGAUUCGAGACCGAGCAAGAUCGCGAUCGUUUCGCGCAAGCUCUUCCAGCCGCACCCAGCAUUUCUCGAGGAAUCACACUCAAGCGACGCAUAUAG